AUGCCGGAAUCGACUUCAAUGAUAAACGCUAUCAAUGAGAAGGAAUGGCAGUCAGAUAAGACUAACUUAGGUCUGGAUUUCCCAAACCUUCCCUAUUAUAUCGAUGGAGACGUAAAAUUGACCCAAAGUUUGGCAAUAAUGCGAUAUUUGGCGCGAAAGCACGGACUGGUAGCCAGGGAUGAGCUCACACUCGCUCGACAAGAGUUGGCUGAACAACAGAUCCAAGACAUGAGACAGAGUUUUGUUUUCGCGAUUCUUAGACACGAAGACUAUGAGGCGAAACGGACCGACUAUUGCACCGGUACUCUGGAGCCACAGUUGGAACUGUUGGUGAAGUUCUUCGGCGGUAAAGAAUGGCUGAGCGGACAGUUAUCUUACGUGGAUUUCAUCGCUUAUGAGGUUCUCGAUUGGCUGAAACGAUUCACACCGGAAACCAUUGCAAAAUACCCGGCUGUCACUCAGUAUUUGUCACGUUUUGAAGCACUUCCAGCCAUCAAAUCCUACCAGAGUCUGGGCGAAGCCAUCCGUUAUCUCCUAAAAUAUGCCGGAGUAGAGUAUAAUGACAAACGAUAUGACAUCCAGAAUAGGGAUACCUGGCUAUCAGUUAAGCCUACUCUAGGUCUGGAUUUCCCAAACCUUCCCUAUUAUAUCGAUGGAGACAUAAAACUGACCCAAAGUCUGACGAUAUUGAGAUAUUUGGCGCACAAACACGGAUUAGCGGCCAGGGAUGAGCCCACGCGUGCCCUUCAAGAAGUGGUUGAGCAACAGAUUCAAGACAUGAGAAUCGGGUUUCUGUUUAGUAUACUCUUGGCGGACGGGGAGCCAAAAAAGGAGGCCUACUGUACGGGUACUCUGGAGCCACAGUUAGAUCUGUUGGUGAAGUUCAUGGGAGAGAAACAGUGGCUGACGGGACAGUUGUCUUACGUGGACUUCUUGGCUUACGAAACACUGGACUGGUUUAGGCUGUUCUCAUUGGAAACAAUUGGCAAAUACCCGGCUAUUAUCCAGUAUUUAGAUCACUUCGAAGAACUUCCAGCUAUAAAAAUCUACCGGAGCUCCACUCAAUACAAGUCGUGGCCAAUAUUUGGUCGGCCGGCUAAAUGGGGCGCACAAUGA